AAAGCAAAUGUCGGAGCGAGCGCGGGCCACUGGGGGAAGUUAUGCAGGGUCAGUAACGCACAUACGCACCCACGCACACCGCAGGGGAACCGCAAAUCACGCACACGCGCUCGGUCCGGCAACAAGUCGUGUGCGCAACUUCUCAAACAUUCUGGUUUGGUUGUUUUUCUUUUUUUUGGACAACUUUUGGGGGAGUUGGUGUCUGCAAAGAUGACCACAGCUGUGGUGUCGCAUUUCUUCGACUUCGAAGCAAUCAAUAAGAACAACAAGCUGCUGGGCUACAACGGCAACCUGGCCGGCCCGCACGCCAACGUCUCCGGCGCCCUGCUGGACAGGAAGGCGGUGGGCUCCCCGGGGGUGUACCAGCGGCGGCACUCGGUCAGCAGCGGCAGCACAAAGUUCAACCAGAACCAGUUUUUCAACAGCCUGAAGGCGGCCGAGCACUCGCCGCUCAUCACGGGACUCGGCGGCGGCGGCGGCGGAGGGGGCGGCGGCCACAACAAGGAAAACCACCUGCGUCUGCGCGACCGCUCUUUCUCCGAGACGGGCGAGCGUCUCCUGCACAAGUGCUUGGGCCCGGCCAGCCCCACGGGCGGCCAGGUGAAUUCCAGCCGCUACAAGACGGAGCUGUGCCGGCCCUUCGAGGAAAACGGCGCCUGCAAGUACGGCGACAAGUGCCAGUUUGCGCACGGCAUCCACGAACUGCGCAGCCUCAGCCGCCACCCCAAGUACAAGACGGAGCUUUGCCGCACCUUCCACACCAUCGGUUUCUGCCCCUACGGCCCCCGCUGCCAUUUCAUCCACAACGCCGACGAGCGCCGCGGACCGCCGCUCAAGUCCAACGCCGCCUCCGCCCCGUCCUCGGGCGAGAUGGAGCGGCCCAGGCUGCAGCACAGCUACAGUUUCGCCGGCUUCCCCAGCGCCGCGGGGCUCCGCGACAGCCCCACGUCCGUCACCCCGCCCCCCAUGUUUUUCCCCGACGACGUACCCGACUGGCCCAGCAGCAACCCCUUCACCUACUCCAGCCAGGAGCUGGCCAACCUGUUCGUGCCCAACCUGGGCGGCGGCGUCCCCCUGGCCCCCGAGCUGGGCAACGGCGCCCCCCCUUCCCCCACCAACGGGCCUUACUACUUCCGACCCAUGCUGGAGUCGCCCCAGAUGUUCGAGUCCCCGUCCAGCCCGCAGGACUCCCUCUCGGAUCAGGAGGGCUACCAGAGCAGCUCUGGCAGCAGCCUGAGCGGCUCCGAGUCCCCGACGCUCGACACCUCCCGUCGACUCCCCAUCUUCAGCCGCCUUUCCAUCUCAGACGACUAGACGGCACGCCUUAUCUUGCCCCCCCUUUGUAUUUUUUGACAUGCGGAGAACGGGGGCCCCGAGGCCUCGGGUGGGUGGCGUCUUUUCCUCGGUGCCGCCACAAGGAUGUAGCCAGUCGGGGCAAGGGGGUUGCC